CCUCGCGGCCCGCGCCACUUCUCCGCCCUCGUCCAUCGAAUAUCUUGCCGUCGCCGGCAAACUCGAACGACCUCCUUUCGCUACCUAACGUCGCACCCGCGUCCGAUUCCCGCCGCGUAACUAACUGCGCUCGAUCUCUACGCGGCAAAGCGUCAUACCGACGUAUACUUGAAAAUACGUCAAUACAUUGCUAAGUAUAUUUUUUGAUAUUGAUAAAUGCACUUGAAUAACUGUUUUCAAUAGUUUUAAAGUAAAUAUAUGUCGGUUUGAUGUAAUAUAGAGCUAGUCGAAGAAUGUUUACUAAUAGAGUGGGAUAGUCGUGAUGCAUUUAGGAGCUGUAUGAAAAAUAAAAUUGGGUAGGUGUAGUACUAGGGUAGUGUGAUGUGGCGAAGCGGGUUAGGGCGAGGAUGGAAAGUAGCGCGGCGAGCGAGGGCGCUGCCAGGAGCGUAGGGCACGUGGAGCAAUGGAUUGCUGCAACUACGGCGAAUACCGCGGCCACGGGCAGUACGGCGGCGCGAGCGCAGGUUGGGAUAGCUACGGGCCGUAUGCACCGCUGCCGUAUGCGCCGUAUGCUCACGGAUACUACGCGCCGCCCGCGCACGAUGCCUACGCCCGUUACUACCGCUACGACUACCCUUCUCACCAUCUGCACCACGCUGAACAUGUUAUGCCCAUGGAUUAUGGUGCCUAUGCGGCAAAGGAGGCGCGCGUGCGCCGCGCUUUGGCUCGCAGGGAGCAGCGGGCACUCACUCCCGCGCUACAACUUCCGCACCCGUCCACGCCUCCUCUAGAAUGUGGAAUAAACGGACGCGGUUCUGGUUAUUGCGAGACACAGAUGUGGCCUCACUAUCAGAUGGGUGUGCUGAACGGUGGUGGAAGUUGGAGCAGCGCCAACGCAGUUAACGGCACGUGGACUUCCCGCAACACGUGCUCACGUGAAAAUAUGCGUUAUCCCUCUGAUUGCCGUUCUAUGAAGGGUCCACAUAUUUAUGCUCAAAAUCCAGCAUGUAUACAAGAUGGAAGAUCAACACCCUUUAGGCCGUACGAUGAGAACUCUUAUGCUGGAGAAAAUGGCAACAGACACGGAAACACGCCCGAGUUUUCGGCAGCCAGAGCCAUGCCUACGGAAUCCACAAGGAUGGUACGAGAUCGUUUCUAUCCAGAACCACGGCGUUCGCCUCCUGAAGAGAAACGGCCGCCAGUGGUGCCCUUGCCCGCCUUUCAGCAAGCAUUUGGCUCGACUGAAAUAGGAAAAUUUGCUGAAGCAUUCAGUCGCACAGAGGUGGCUUUAGAGGAAGUCACGAGCGAUAAUUUUUCUUACGAGUCGUUCGCCGACUGGGAUGUUCCAUCGGAGCCGCAGUGGUCGACUCAACCGACGUCGCGGGAAAUCAAGUGUGAAGAUAACUUUUAGUUGUCCACACUUUAGCUCUAAUUAUUGGCGGUUUCGCCACUUAGCAAAUUAGACAAUUUUUAGUUCCACCACCAUGUUGCCAAAAUGACGUAGUCACGAUGGAAGUUUGAUGUCAUAGAACUUUAGUAUGUGAUAACGAAUUCGUUAUAGUGUGCGAUAAUUAAUCGAAGGGAGUAGUGGUGUGACAUUAUAAAUUCAUAUAUACAUUAUAAAGUAGAAUAUUAAUUACCUAGUUAAUCCCUUUAACUAGUUUUAGAGCGACCUUAAAAGGAAGAGAAACAAUGUUGUUAAGGGAUAUGCGAAUGUUAGGUACUGUAUUACAUAGAGUAACAAUAUGAAUCAUGACUCAAUGUGCCUUUAUUCGGAGAGCCCGGCCGCAGAACGCGCGGCGUCAAUGCCCCAUCCUGCUCCGCGUCACUACGGCUAUCAGAAAUUACAAUAGCAAUUAUAGGGACCAACGUUUAGACAAAUAUAUACAAGAUUUUGUCGCGAGUACAAUUGAUGCGUAAUAAGCCCAACGAAACUUUUGUGGAAUUAUUAUAUCACAAACUAAAUUAAUAGAUACCUACUGUCAUUUCAAUGUCUUAGACCUGUGCAUUUCACGUUAGAUAGAAAAUAUUUUACUAUAUACAUAUUAUUUGCCAUAGUAAUUAAUGUUUCAAUAAUACCUUAGACAGAAUGGUAUUUAACAUCCUGCUAAAAAUGUUAAGAAUUUAUUCAUAAUUUUCUAAACAAGUGAAUAAAUUUUAUAGCGUUCGAAACUAAAUUUAAAAUGAAUAGGUAUUCCUGUAAAAGUACCUGAUGGACAUGGACAAAAUAAGUUUAAAAUAAUAAAUGAAAAAUAAUAUAAUUUCUGAAUAUAAGUCUAAGUCCAGUAAGGCGAUUUAUCACGAAAAUAUUUGAAGGGGCACGGCAGACGUCGCGCGGGAUUACUUAUAUUAACAUUCGAAAUUUUUCAGAAAGUAAUGAAACAAGUCAUGUAUGUAGGUAUAUUUAGGUAGUUAAAUUUGAUAAAAAUUUUAAAGAGAUUACUUAUGAAUAAAUGGCUUUUUAAUUAAAUAUUAGGGGUCCAACAACGUCGAUGUAAAGUGUUUGUUGUGGUUUUAAUUUGUCACAUAGAGAUUACAUCGUCUGAAUCAUAGAAACUGUACCUAUAUGGAAUUUAAAUUAAUUGGUAUUUAAUUGGUUCUUUGUUAUAAUAAUGUUAUCUUGGUUGUUACUUGUAUAAAUACAUACAAUAUAUUACAAGAGUAUUAUAUUCAAAAUAAACGGAUUAACUAUACGUUUCUAUUAGUUGUGUCUGUGAUAAACAUUAUUUUGUAGGACAACAAAUAAAAUGAAAUGUUAAUUUUUGAGUUUAUACCAAUAUAGCAAAACCAAAUCUAAACAAAUUAAGUUUCUAAAUUAUAUCGUUACACUUACGUCGUUACCCAUAAUAAAAUACAUAUUGUAUUUUCUUAAUUUAUACGAAAACAUUAUUAAUCCAUUCACAACGAAAUUUCUUCGGCAAAGCAAUAUUAUUGUACUUAUUUUUCAAUAGGUAUAAAACGAUAUAUAUACUUAUUUAUGAAAAACAAAAAUAUUUGAACGUCUGCCUUGAUUUAAAUAUUAGAUACAUAUAUAUUAUAUAUUAAUGCUUGAACUUGUUUUUAGUCAAAAUUAUUACAGUCGGCUAAUUAAGUAAUUGUUUGAGCUUCUAAUUAUAUGAUGACGUCUUAUAAAUGUCCGGUGCGUGUUAAUUACCAGUAACUUCCAAUGGUCUUCACUUUUAUAGAGAGUUCUGUGUGUGUCAGUAUUUUCUCUCUUCGACAAAAAAGCAGCAAAAUUAAUGGAGUGCCUUACGUAUUUAAUAUGAUAUGAAAUUAGGAUGGAUGAAUAUUAUUCUAGCAUAAUUUGACGAAACACCAUAAAAUAAUAGCGUAAUAAAACUUCUUUUGAACCGUUUCAUUAAUAGUAGAUAAUGUAAUAAACUUAAUAAAAGUUAUUUAAUAAUAAUUACAAUUAAAUAUUAUACAAUUACAAAGGUACCUAUAAAUAAUAUACAUUUAAUACCUACACCUAAAUUUAUCAUGAUGUGCACUAACACAGUAAUUUGGAAUGAAUUACUUUGAUUGUAGAUUGAAGGUUUUUGUGGUACAAGGUUCAUGACGUUCGUCUUUUCCAAUUAUGUUCAACGUAGUUUGUAGUUCUUAAGAUUCUAGUCAAUGGAGUUCCAUUUUCUUCCUAAAUGUUAGUUAUUAUUUAUAUCUAAAUAUAUUUACGUAUCAAUUAAUGAAAUUUGUAGCGGAUAACAUGUCUGCCGCAUACAGAUUAAGUUAUUGUUGACUUGCAGAUCAAAUAUGUUAUUUUAUACUUAAUGAAAUCUUCUUUUCUAUAGUUAAGAAAUACUUGGUUAUUAUGAUAAUAAGAUAAAAGUAGUCUGUGCCACAUAAUAUGUAUAUACGAUAUUAUACAUCUCCGUAGAUAGUCCUAUUGUUAUUUGUUUUAAGUAUUAGGGACAUAAUUUUACUGUAGAAGUAUGUAAAGACCGUAAAUUAAAGUAUAAUAUAUAUUUAGGUGUUCCACGAAUAGAGCUUCCCGAUUAUCCCACAACUGUGUCUACCAUUGCAGUUAGUUUGUCAGAGUCUUUUAUUAUUGUGAUACGUAUGAAUUUAAUUUCCCAUACAAAAUACAGUAGUUGUUAUUUUUAGAGUAAUUAUGUAUAUCGUCUACAUGAACAAAAUAUAGAGACAGGUUAUAUUUCAAGUAUCUAUCUAUUUUAAUUUAACAGCUAUAAUUAAAUUCAAUGAUGAAGUUAAUAUAUGAGUAAUAUAAACAUUUAUUUUCAUAUGAAGAAAAAAAUAGAUAGAUACUAUUGAAGGUAUGAUGGAAAGUUCUUAUGACUAUGGUUACAGCCACUCCUGAUAAUAUUGAAAGUAAAAAUUAAGGAAUAUUAUGUAUAGGUACAUUGAGUAUUUAUAGUACUAACGUGCUAGAGAAGGUACAGUGCAAAAACAUCAUGCGUUUUCCGCGUACCGAAAGGAAUGUUUUUUGCACUUAUUUACACUUUUUGAAAUACAUUUGUCAUUUUAGAGAGCUGCACUGCAGUUUUAAGAAAGACAUUUUGUCAGCGAAAGUUUUUUAUUACCUAGGAAUAAUACCUAAAUCCAGUGAGCUCAUAAUGCUUAAUGGGUAUCAUGGGCACGAGAGUUCUGUGCUAUUUGUGGGUUCGUUCGUGUAUACUAGGCAACCGUUACCCUUCCUUACUAUGGCCCAUACUGUAUUUGCUACACAAAUGAAUUGUUCUGGCAGAUGUACAAUGAAUGACUUUAGUAAAGUGUGGUGAUAUCACCGUAAUUAAUUGAGAUAGGGUAUCAAGUACGGUGUCUUCUCUAGACGUUUAUAUAUAAUAUCGCAAUGACAUUACAGUAAAAAAAAUCAAUUUGAUGAUAAUAUGCUGGUAAUGCUUCAUGUGGAAGUUAUAUGAUAGUUAGAAAUAGACUGCCUACAUUUGAGUAGGAGUUAAGGUGUGGUAUUUCCGUACACUGAAAAUUUGUAUGGCAAUAAAGUAUUUUCAUACAUAUUAAAUUAAAAAUAAUGUGGGGUGAAACACAUAUUCUCAUUAUUAUAGUCUAUUGUAAUUUGAAGUAGUCCGAGUCAAAGAUAUUGUCAAGUGUCGUAUCAAUUUUUAAUCGGUUAUAGUUUUUAUUUCGAUCGGUUAUAAUAAAAAUACGUAUAUUUUUGUUGAAAAAUUAGGCCAACAAAAUUUAGAUACUUAAGUGAAUUUAUUGAGACAGCAAAGUACUGAAGAAAAGUAUAAAAAAGAUUAUUAUAUAUCUAUCUAGCUAUAAUUAUCUAUUAUUAAUCUUGUAAAUAAUUAAUUAUAUUUUGAACGUUUCACUCAUAUCAAUCAAUCUAGAUCAACUGUUUUAUUAGCAAAUUUUAAGGUUUUGAA